AUGACAGGCUUCCAGAUAUUUACUCCGGUGCUGCCCUACGUUGGCCAACUGCCGGGCGAACUAAGGUACGGAUCGCACAUCAAAGUUCGAGGUCACUUUCGGGAGCCACAGGACACGAUACACAUCAUACUGCAGCGCGAGGCACUGCUCAACCCGAACGAAGAGGUUCCACUCUGCCUGAUGAUACAUCCGGAAAGGCGUGAAAUUGUCCGUCAUCGACUCUGCUCGGACUGUUCGACUGGCAUCGGAACGGAGCGCUUGAAGGACUUGCCAAUUGGACGGGAUCAGGAUUUCGAGCUCAGCCUCACCGCCACCAGUGCUGGGUACGAGAUGGCACUACACGGGACUCGACAUCACAUCUUCCCGCACCGAAUGCCACUCUCUGCUGCUCGCUUCCUGUUUGUGUCCAGUGGAUGCGUGGUGUUUGCCAUUACAUUCGAAAAUGGAACUGGAGCCAGCGGUGGAAGCACCGCAAUCGCUGGUGGUUAUCCCCAGCAGCCAAGUGCGCCAACAGCACCACCAAUACAACCAGCUGCGCGCCUCUAUCCGACACUGUUCGAUCAGAAACCGAUCGUUGAUCCUGCGCAUCAUCAACAGCAUCAUCCUGUUCUCCAGCCACAGCCACUCAGUCAACAGCAUCAUCAGCACCAGCUGGCCGAGCUUAUACUGCAGGUGUUGCCCCUGAUGCAGCUACAGCUGGAGGCGAUGGAUGGCCACAGCGUCAACGCACGCAGUCAGGGCUCAGCCACCGGCUACGGUCACGGUUUGUUUACGGGCAAUCUGGCGCGCAACUUGUUGCCCUUAUUCCAGCAGCGAGCUCAACGUCGACGACCACCCUUCAAUGUGCCACGGUUGGGACCCCGAAGGAGCUGGGUAUUCUGUCCGACCAACGACGACAUGGUGCCCGCCGUCAUAUGGAUCUGCUCAAUAGGCAUUGUGCGGCUUCUGCGCUUCCUGGCAAUUGGCUGCAUUUGCGGGUACAUCGGCUAUGUCUUCUCCCGUAACGUGUAG